AUGUCAGACGUCUGCGAUGGAUUGUCCAGCCCGGCGAUAGUUGCCAUCAUCCUAGGCUGCAUCGCAUUCAUUCUGCUGCUAGUUGCAAUUCUUGGUUGCAUUUGUCUCCUGAUGCGACCGUGGUUCCUGGCAAGCAUGUCCCCGAGCCAUCGUCACCGCCGGCGGCCAUCGGCACCUGAUGAUGGACACCUCAAACUGGCAGGUACCAACGAGGAGGCAACCAUGAUGAAUCGCCUACAGCAGGCUGUCAACAGGUCUGCCUACCAACAGGCUUUGUUUAGCCGGGAGCAAUUCAUCCAGCCGUACUUAGCUACAGGCAUCGAAGAACUUGACCAAUUUUAUACCCGUGGUAGUAUUGGUCAGCGCAUCGUACGGAACCCACUGGUCUAGUUGACUGAUCUAGAUACAGGCGGACAUCAUCCAACCAAACAUUUGAUUCUGUUAAACAAUGCUUUUGUCUGGUUCAGUUUCUUUUGUCAUUAGCAAUGUCAGCUACUUUUUUUCUACGUUAGUGCCAAUUUUAUCGUUAAUCGUGACAUACAGUACUUGUC